CUCUAAGCAUGAUUGAAGUACCAUACAAAACCUUUAGCCGAUUUUUUUUUAUUUGUCAGGUGCAUUAGUCACCAAAUCACGUAGGUCGUCUCUUACAAUUUUACAACUGUCAUUUUUGACAUUUAUCAGUACGGCUUAAUCACCGACACGCUAAUUCGUUCCAAGGACGACUCAAUUAGAAAUUCUAUUGCUCGUUCGACAGUAACACUAAAAUAUAUGCUAACAACUAAAGUAAAACUAGCAAUGAAACGACUUUAUAAGCAAUAACACAAUAAAUACCACUCUACAUUUUCAAACGAAUUUUUCCCACCAAUCCCAACCAGAACAUUUCCAUUACAUAUCAAACAGAUAUUUAUGUAGUUCAAAUAACUCCACACGUAGGAAGAUAAACCGAAUAAAAUACAUAGCAAAUAAUCAUUCCGCUUGUGUACCGCUUGCAAUCACGUAGUCAAACCAUUAUAAAGAUAACGGAAAACCUAUUGUUCCCCAAAUCGUUUUUAUAAGUAGUUCCAUGAUAUCACAGUUCGCAAAAACCAAAAGCCAACAAUAAGAUAACCAGCCGCCAGAUCGCCACCCAACUGCAAGACUACCUUGACACAAAUGACGUAACCGCAAUUAGACCGUUUAGCGCAAAAUGUGACUCAGUCCGGUUAAAAGAGCGGAUUAAAUCGUUGCUGUUUUGCAAGGUGAAGAUGGGCCAGCACGUGUCGAGGACGGACUUCGAAUGGGUGUACACCGAGGAGCCCCACGCCAGCCGGCGAAAAGUAAUCUUAGAGAAGUACCCGCAGAUCAAGCGGCUGUUCGGCUACGACCCCAACUUCAAAUGGGUGGUGACGCUCAUGGUCCUGACCCAGUUCGCGAUGCUGUUCGUGAUGAAGGAUAGAUCUUGGCCCACCAUCUUCCUGGUGGGCUACUGCUUCGGAGGCGUAAUCAAUCACUCGCUGAUGCUGGCCGUGCACGAGAUCUCGCACAACCUGGCGUUCGGCCACGGGAGGCCCUUCUACAACAAGAUGUUCGGGUUCUUCGCGAACCUGCCCAUUGGGAUACCCAUCUCGAUUAGCUUCAGGAAGUACCACCUGGAACAUCAUAAGUACCAAGGCGACGAGCUCAAGGACACCGACAUCCCGACGUACCUCGAAGCUAAGCUCUUUUGCACCACCUUCGGCAAAUUCCUCUGGGUGGUCCUGCAGCCCUUCUUCUACGCAUUCAGACCCCUAGUGACCUACCCCAAGAAACCCACCAUGCUCGAAUUCAUCAAUACUGUGAUACAAAUAAUUUUUGAUGCGAUCGUAGUGUACUUUUUCGGCGGACGAGUCCUAGGGUAUUUAAUUUUCGGCUCGGUGAUGGCCAUGGGGCUGCACCCAGUAGCCGGACACUUCAUUUCGGAGCACUACAUGUUCAAAAAGGGGUACGAGACUUAUAGUUACUACGGGCCGCUGAACUGGAUCACCUUCAACGUGGGCUACCACAACGAGCACCACGAUUUUCCGUACGUGCCGGGGUCGAGGUUACCCGAGGUGAAGAAAAUCGCGCCCGAGUUCUACGACGACCUGCCUCAGCACCACUCGUGGACGGCGGUUCUGUACGACUUUAUCAUGGACCCCGACGUGGGUCCGUACGCCCGCAUGAAGCGCAAACGUCGCGGCUUCGAGUAGAUAUUCUCAGUCACUUGAUAUUGUUUCAUCGAAUUAUCGCAGACGCGUUUCCAGGUUUAUAACCUCAAAAUUGAUAUUUUUCGAUGAUCUCGGUGUGAUUGACGUGGCUUAAUACUAAUUAAAUUAUUGUUUGUUACCUUUUGUGGACUGUUGCACUCUACACUGUACGUUGUAAAUAAAUGGAUAUUUUUUUUAUGA